CAGCUCUGCAAGGGACACUGACUGUUACAAUAACACUACAGCAACUACUGGGCUUUUACAGAGCAACACAGAGGCAGUAACAGACUUUAAGUAUAAACUUACGUGAUUUAUUUUUUAGCGUGGAAGAAACAAAUAACCCUACACAGUAUUAACACUACAAGUGGUGAAAGUUGUUUUCAAGGUUGUUUAUUGACCAAAUGAUGACUGCCAAGACCGUAGACAAAAUUCCAGUAACUCUCAGUGGUUUUGUGCAUCAGCUAUCCGAAAACAUUUACCCUGUGGAUGACAUCGCUACCACAUUGCCAACUUCGGUCACAAUCUUCCCCAAUGCUGACUUAGGAGGACCGUUUGACCAGAUGAGCAGUGUGACAGGAGAUGGAAUGAUCAAUGUUGACAUGAGUGACAAGAGAUCCCUGGAUCUGCCUUAUGCCAGCAGCUUUGCCCCAGCAGUUUCUGCUUCCCGCAAUCAGACUUUUACCUACAUGGGCAAAUUCUCCAUCGACCCUCAGUACCCAGGAGCCGGCUGCUAUCCGGAGGGGAUCAUUAACAUUGUGAGCGCUGGGAUCCUGCAGGGGGUCAGCACUCCCUCUUCAUCGGCCACUUCUUCCUCCACGGCAUCUUCUGCCUCCCCCAACCCGCUGGCCAGCAGCGCUCUGAGCUGCAGCAUGGCUCAGAACCAGCCUGGAGACUUGGAGCACCUGUACUCACCUCCGCCUCCCUACUCGGGCUGCGGGGAGCUCUACCAGCAGGACCCCUCCUCCGCUUUCCUGCCCGCUGCGGCCGGGGGCUCCCUGCCCUACCACCCGCCCCCGUCCUACCCUUCCCCCAAAGCGGCCGCGGACGGCGGGAUCUUCUCCAUGAUCCCGGAUUACCCGGGCUUCUUCCCGCCCGCCCAGUGCCAGCGGGAGCUGCACGCCCCGCCCGAGCGCAAGCCCUUCCCGUGCCCCCUGGACUCCCUCAGGGUCCCGCCGCCGCUCACGCCGCUCUCCACCAUCCGCAACUUCACCCUGGGCGGCCCGGGGGCCGGGGCUGCAGGGGGAAGCGGGGAAGGUGGCCGGUUGCCCGCCAGCGCCUACAGCCCGCACAACCUGCCCCUGCGGCCCAUCCUGCGGCCCCGCAAGUACCCGAACCGGCCCAGCAAGACGCCGGUGCACGAGCGGCCCUACCCGUGCCCGGCCGAGGGCUGCGACCGCCGCUUCUCCCGCUCAGACGAGCUAACGCGCCACAUCCGCAUCCACACCGGCCACAAGCCCUUCCAGUGCCGCAUCUGCAUGCGCAACUUCAGCCGCAGCGACCACCUCACCACCCACAUCCGCACGCACACGGGCGAGAAGCCCUUCGCCUGCGACUUCUGCGGCCGGAAGUUCGCCCGCAGCGACGAGAGGAAGCGCCACACCAAGAUCCACCUGCGCCAGAAGGAGAGGAAGGGCGCGGCCGCCCCCUCCUCCUCCAGCGGGGCCAGCGCCCCGGCCGCGCCCCCGCCAGGCGCCGUGUGCGGCGGGAGCAGCGCCGCGGGCUCGGGGAGUCUGGCCGCCUGCGCCUCCAGGACCAGGACGCCCUGAGGCAGCCCCUGCGCG